CUUCUAAUGCCUUUGCUGCUGCCAGUAUUAAACACUUAAUGGGCAGUUUGCUAAAGAUGCAUUCAGGUUCGGCUCGGCUUUCUUGGGGAGAACACGAGAUAGGAGCACGAGUGCAUCUCUCAAAGUGAACGUGCACCUCAGCGCGUGUCCGCCAUUUUCAGUUGGGUUAUUUUGGGAAAAAUCAAUGCGAACGUAGUUAACGAUGACAUUCAUUGUUUAGAUGAUGAAGUAACUCGAGUUGUCUGGUAAGCAACUUCCCAGUUUAGAAAAUCACUUCAGAAAUCUUAUUACCGUUUAACCCAAUCCAGUUGACUUGUUUUAAUUUGAAAACAAAGUCCUUAAAAAGGGAAGGGAAUACAUGGAUUUCAAAAUAAAACCUGUAGCUCUGACAGUCCUUCAGCUACUGACAUGGGAGCCAGGAGAAGAGAAUGGUGAGGGCCAAUGACAGAGAGUACAACGAGAAGUUCCAGUAUGCGACGAACUACAUCACAACAUCCAAGUACAACAUCCUCACCUUCCUGCCCAUCAACCUGUUUGAGCAGUUUCAGGUAGCGGCCAACACCUACUUCCUCUUCCUGUUCCUGCUGCAGUUGAUUCCUCAGGUGUCCUCCCUGUCCUGGUUCACCACCAUCGUGCCUUUGGUGAUGGUGCUAAGCAUCACGGCGGUGAAGGACGCCUCAGACGACUAUUUUCGCCAGCAGAGUGACAACAAAGUCAACAACCGUCAGUCUCAGGUGCUCAUCAGUGGCUCACUAAGAAAUGAAAAAUGGAUGAACGUCCGAGUUGGCGACAUCAUCAAGUUGGAGAACAAUCAGUUUGUGGCGGCCGACCUGCUGCUGUUGUCCAGCAGUGAACCUCACGGGCUGUGUUACAUAGAGACCGCAGAACUGGACGGAGAGACCAACAUGAAGGUGCGCCAAUCUGUCUCAGUGACGUCCGAACUGGGGGACCCCAACAACUUGUCUGAGUUUGACGGUAAGGUGGUCUGCGAGCCCCCCAACAACAAGCUGGAUCGUUUUAACGGGACUCUGUACUGGAGAGACAGGAAGUACACCUUGACCAACCAGAACAUGCUCCUUCGAGGGUGUGUAUUGCGCAACACUGAAGCCUGCUACGGUCUGGUCAUCUUUGCAGGUCCAGACACCAAGCUGAUGCAGAACAGCGGUCCUACCAAGUUUAAACGUGCCAGCAUCGAUCUUCUGAUGAACACGUUGGUCCUCUGGAUCUUUGGCUUCCUGGUGUGUAUGUGCAUGUUCUUAGCGAUAGGGAACGCGGUGUGGGAGCAAGUGGUAGGUUCUCGCUUUCAGAAUUACCUACCGUGGGAACCUCCAGUGAACAGCUUCGUCUUCUCGGCUUUCUUUGCCUUCUGGUCCUAUGUGAUCAUUCUCAACACCGUGGUGCCCAUCUCUCUCUAUGUCAGCGUGGAGGUGAUCAGACUGGCUCACAGCUUCUUCAUUAACCGGGACCAGCAAAUGUUCUGCUCCCAAUGCAACACAGCAGCUAAGGCCCGGACCACCACUUUGAGUGAGGAGCUCGGCCAGGUUGAAUACAUCUUUAGUGACAAGACUGGAACGCUCACUCAGAACAUCAUGAACUUCAACAAGUGCUCCAUCAAUGGAAGCAGUUAUGGUGAUGUGCCAGGCCCACCGGGACCCAAGCCAAAGAGGCUGGACUUCACUCCCUUCAAUCCCCUGGCAGACCCAGACUUCUGUUUCUAUGACGACACGCUGCUGGAGUCGGUCAAAGUGGGAGAUUCCUCCGCUCAGGAGUUCUUCCGUCUGCUCUCCCUCUGCCACACGGUCAUGAGCGAGGAGAAGAGCGAAGGAAAGCUUGUGUACAAAGCUCAGUCUCCAGAUGAGAGCGCUCUAGUGACGGCCGCGCGAAACUUUGGAUUUGUUUUUCGCUCUCGAACGCCUGGGACCAUCACCACCACCGAGAUGGGGCGGCCCGUCACCUACACGCUGCUGGCCAUCCUGGACUUUAACAACGCACGCAAGAGGAUGUCUGUCAUAGUACGUAACCCAGAGGGCAAAAUCCGUCUGUACUGCAAAGGUGCUGACACUGUGUUGUUGGAGAGGCUCCACCCCUGUAACCAGAAACUGAUCGAUAUCACCUCAGACCACCUCCAUUGUUUGUAUAUUUUGGGGCGCCAGGAGUACGCGACAGAGGGGCUCCGGACCCUGACUCUAGCCUAUAGGGACCUGUCCGAGGAGGAAUGGGACACGUGGUCCAGGAACCAUCGCUGUGCUGAGAAAGAGGAUCAGCUCACAGCUGUCUAUGAGGAGAUUGAACAAAACAUGAUGCUACUCGGUGCUACAGCCAUAGAGGACAAGCUUCAGGAAGGCGUCCGAGAGACCAUCGCUCUCCUCUCCCUGGCUAACAUCAAAACGUGGGUUCUUACUGGAGACAAGCAAGAGACGGCUAUUAAUAUCGGCUACUCGUGUAAGAUGCUGACCGAUGAUAUGACUGAGGUUUUCGUCAUCAGUGGGCACAGCGUACAGACAGUGAAGCAGGAGCUCAGGAGUGCGAGGGAAAGGAUGAUUGAGUUGUCACAAAGUAAGGACGGUGAGAAAAACGAAGGCGUUAACGGAUGUGGAGACGCCCGCUUCAAGGGUGCAACAAAAAGGAAAGUGACCUCUGACCUCACGGACAACUUCUCUGGGGAGUUUGCCCUCGUAGUCAACGGCCACAGCCUGGCCCAUGCGCUGGAAGGAGACAUGGAGGAGGAGUUUGUCACGACGGCGUGCGCGUGCAAAGCGGUGAUCUGCUGCAGGGUCACCCCUUUGCAAAAGGCUCAGGUGGUGGAGCUAAUUAAAAAACACAAGACGGCCAUCACCCUGGCCAUCGGGGACGGAGCCAAUGACGUGAGCAUGAUCAAGACCGCUCAUAUUGGGGUUGGUAUCUCGGGCCAGGAGGGCAUCCAGGCCGUGUUGGCCAGUGACUACUCCUUCUCCCAGUUCCGCUUCCUACAGCGCCUCUUGCUGGUGCACGGUCGAUGGUCCUACCUCCGCAUGUGCCGCUUCCUGUAUUACUUCUUCUACAAGAACUUUGCCUUCACCAUGGUGCACUUCUGGUUCGCCUUCUUCUGCGGCUUCUCUGCACAGACGGUGUAUGAUCAGUUUUUCAUCACACUCUUCAACAUUGUCUACACAUCUCUCCCUGUGCUGGCCAUGGGCAUAUUUAACCAGGACGUGUCUGAUCAGAAGAGUCUAGAGUACCCAAAACUAUAUGAGCCUGGCCAACUCAACCUGCUCUUCAACAAGAAAGAGUUCUUCAUCUGCAUCGCCCAAGGCAUCUACACAUCAAUGGUGCUGUUUUUUGUCCCUUACGCCACCAUGUCCAACGCCACAGAGAGCAGCGGAGAGCCCCUCGCUGACUACCAGACCUUUGCUGUCACCACAGCAACAGCCCUGGUCAUUGUUGUCAGCGUACAGAUAGCGCUUGACACAUCCUACUGGACCGUCAUCAACCACGUCUGUGUGUGGGGCUCGUUGGGUUCCUACUUUCUCAUCAUGUUUGGUCUGCACAGUCAGAGACUCUUCACCAUCUCCAUCACCCACUUCCAUUUCGUAGGCAAUGCUCAGAGCACACUAUCUCAGCCGGCCGUGUGGUUGACUCUUGCGCUGACGACAGCGAUCUGCAUAGUUCCAGUUUUGGCACUACGCUUCCUCAGAUGGGUCCUUAAACCUCAGCUCUCGGACACGGUCCGCUAUGUUCAGCUGGUAGUGGAAAAGAAGAGGAGCCCAGCCGGGAGCAGCAUGGCAUCCACCUGGUGCAACGUGGGCAGCAUUUGGAAGGACCGCCCAAGCACAAGAGACGGCUCCCGGAGGUCCGGCUAUGCCUUCUCGCACCAGGAGGGAUUUGGAGAGCUGAUCACCUCUGGAAAGAACAUGGCCAGCUUCGCCCCCAAACACAGCUCCAGCUGGAUCGACACCCUCCUCAAGAAAAAACAUGCUCAUAGUUCCACCAGCGACUUGGCAGAAUACACUCCGGCGGUCUCACACUCGUCUUCCGUUCCUGGAUCUUUGCAGGAUGUUGCCAUUAAGGAAGAAAGUCAAGAGAAGCUUCCAGAAUAGAAGCUGGUCCAUCACCCAGAAAAGAUCCUGAUGCUUUGCAAAAACCAAACGACAUGGUCAACAAGCACAGUGCAUCCUAUAGGGCAUCCCCAAUUGCUUAGUAUACUGUAUAUUUACAGUGAAUGUACCAAAGAGGCGUGGAUUCAUUACGGUCCAACAUCAGCAGCUACAUAUGUCAAGUUAGCAUCCAAUGAACCGCCCACAAAAAGAAAUCCUGCAUCAAUUAUUUCUCAAGGAGAGCAGUGCAACAGGUAACGCAAUGCAAUACAUCACGGUAACACCUUGUCAUUUGGUUGGCUGCAUCAUAUUGAUGUGUUUACCACACACGCUUUUGAUAGUAUGGAUGAUUGACUUUGUCAUGUGAUGUAAUAAGACGUAUCACCUGACCCGGUGGCUCAUCUUGAAAAGAAUGUGGGCGUGAAUUUUAUGUGAUGUCUCGCCCCUGCACACUGUAUGAAAUGCGCUUGAGGUGCUUAGUUCCUGAUCAAUGGGAGGUAUUUUGGUAUUUUUAUGUCUUACGGUGUGUGAAGCUUCUCUCAAAACGCAAACGCUUCUAUCAGAGUAGAGACUGUAAAACUUGAAAUAAUGUCAUCUUAAACAACAUUUAAAUAUCUUGCUGUCCUUUUUGGAUGCAUGAUGUUUUUUCAUGACCUACCAAAACUUACAUUCUUCCGGGAGUGGCGUGAAAAAUGACACCAAUUUCAAUCUUUGUGUCUUUGUGAUUCUUAGAAUCUUAAUGUUUUUACAACAAACUUAAAGGGGAACUGCGCUUUUUUGGAAUUUUGCCCAUCAUUCGCAAUCCUUGUGUGAAACACGAACACAUUUCUUUUCCUGUUUUUUUGCAUUCUAGCGUGAGAAAACGAUUAAAUAUGAGCUAGCUAACAAUGGACGUCAUGAGAAGAAGUCCUCACAAAAAAACGCCAACAAUGUUCAAUUUACAUAACAUACUUCUAUAUUAACCAAGCUACAGUGAUAUUGCUAUUAUAGCUAACAGGAAAAACUAUAUUUAUCUGGCAGACUAACAUGACUAGCUAGACUAAAGACAUUUCGGUAAUGUUUUAUCAUCAAAAUAGGGCAAGAUACUGCAAAUAAAAAGAGUUUUUUUUAAGUAGUCCAAAUAGGCGUGUCCCAAUGACGUGCAUUGUUAGCUAGCUCAUAUAAAAUGGAAAUAAAUGUGUUCAUGUUUAACAUAAGGAUUGUGAAUGACGGCUAACAUUCCAGUUUAAGUUGGGUUAGAGAUGUUGAUUUUUAUUAUAGUUUGAUCAAAAAAAACUUUCUGACUAUUUGGUAGGUUUGGGUUACCUUCCAGGGCUGCACGGUGGAUGAGUGUUUAGCGCAGGCAUACAGCUUGGACACCCGAGUUGGAGAUAAAUGUUUUCACAGGGAAAAACCAGAGCAGCUAAUAGAUGUCU